GGCAAAAUGUUCGCCCGCGUUCGCCGCCAAGCGGUCGUUCGAGUCCUGUCGCUGUCGCCAUGCAUCGCUUCGACUGCUUUGACCGUGCAGUGCUGCACGGUGAUUAGAAUUCCUGCCUACCAUGCGUGCCACCGUCCUCAUGUCAGUCUGGAAUUGCAGCGAGGUGCCAGGAUGUUCUCGACAACGCCACCCGCUCCUCCCUCCGAUCCAGCCUCGCCCGGCACAGACAUUCCCGGCGCCACACUCACGUCGGGCGACAAGUUCGUCAUGGUAUACACGUGUACAGUGUGUGAUACUCGUGCCGCCAAGACAAUAAGCAAGCAUGCGUACUACAACGGCGUCGUCCUCAUUCGGUGCCCAACGUGCCAAAACUUGCACUUGAUCGCCGACCGUCUCGGUUGGUUUGAAGAUGACGGGUUCGACGUCCAGGAAGUGUUGGCGGCAAAAGGCGGCAACGCUCGCAUCGUCACGCACGACAACAUCCUCGAGCUCACGGAAGACGACGUUCUUGGGACUCCGCGGCCCAAGCCGUCGUCCUAACCUCCCUGAACACGACCCUUGCAACCAUUCUAGUGUUCAUGUUUGGGCAUCGAUCGAGCGUCCACGGCUCCAAGCAGCGCACCCAGGACGAGAGCACGGAUGACCCCACGGCGCAUGGAUGUGACUUGAAGGUCAGAAUUGUUCCACACGCACCUGAACACAUGAAUCCAGGCACUGUGAACAUGGAAUCCAUUGCCGUAAAGCUCUCCUCAAUUCUCAUGCAGCUGCCGCUGGCGCUCGCC